AUGGACAACAUUACAGAGGAUGUCUAUGUGAAGCAAGAGACCCUGCUGCCUGAGGGAAAUGAAGCUGGCAGCAUUGGUACUACCUCAAUUGAUGCCCCAGACUUUGUGAUGUUGCAGUCCAUACUCAUGGAGGCCUCAAAAGGUGUCACAGAGGGCACUGACAAUGAGUACAAGAGCAUCAUGGGCAUUCAAAAUGCCUCUCCAUACUCACUCAACAGGAAAUUUUUCUGGAAAAUGGAUGGAUUUGUCCCUCUUGCUCCAGACACAGAAGACUCUGGCAAUGCAAUGGAUCUUCCCAUGUCCAUCUUCACUUUUGGAGGGAGCACUGCGCUGCCUGAGGACGGUGUUUACUUCAUCAACACUCACCUCAUUACUACUACUGUGGGCGAUGAACCUGUGCUCGAGCUGUAUUGUGUUGAUCACAUCCAGCCUUUGGAUAGUGCCCGCACCCUGGACACUGCAAAUGCGAGCGGAUGGCUUGUAUCAAAUAAUUUGUACAACUGA